UGACAGCAAUUUAAUACAGAUAAAAAUCUAUGUUAUUUUUUAUUCUUGCAGCAGCCGCAGUGCCAAAUACAUUUCAGUUGUAUCUUGUAAAGUCUGACUGAUUUUAAGUUUUUGCCACAAAUAUUCUUAGUAGUAUUUUAGGAAAAGUAUUUACAAACUAAAUAUGGAUGACCACGAGAAGGAGAAUGAAUGUAACCGUAAUAAGGACCGUAGCCCAUCUCCCGGUGUGAAGUCAACAGCGGUAGUCAAAUAUACAGCAUUUCAAAGUCCAGUGGGAUAUGCUAGACUACAAUGUAAUACAGAUCUCAACCUGCCCCCUUCUAACUGGGGUGGGAUUGACACAUAUGGGCUUAAGCAGAUUAUUACGAGAGAUAGUGGGCUUUCAAGUUUUAGAAUGGCACAUAUGUUUCCUGACUGUGUCGGUGAAGUGGAUGUUAUUUCUGAUGCGGAAUGCAUAAAAAAAUUACUUAAAUUGCCAUACCAGCCCAAUGGAACAGUGAGCAUGAUGGUCCACAGAGUAGAAAACACAUUGCUUUUAGAUGAUUUUGAUGUUUACGAGUAUCUUAUGAAGUCAGAAUGGUCUUGGCUGAAGGAUUUCUUCUAUGAAAACAUUCUUAAAACGAUGUCUGAAAAGGAACGUAUGUCAUUGACAUUAGCCCCAAGCCCGAGCUCAGCCUUACAGUUGACGCAUAAGUUUCUCUCUCACAGCCUGGUGGAGCGACCUCAGCCUUUACCCAGUGUGGUGCCGCAUACUCCUAUGUGCUUAGCUGGACCCUUUCUCCCUGAACCCGAAACUAGACCAGAGGAACCGACCAAUGAGAAGAGUUUCAACCGUAACGUUCUCUGGACGUUCGAAGAUAUACACAUGUUAAUCGGCAGCAAUUUGCCAAUAUUUGGUGACAAAGACCGACCCUGCGUCAGCCUCCGCUUAAGAGACGCCAGGGAACCGAUAAACGUACUAACAGGAAUAGACUACUGGCUUGACAACUUGAUGUGCAAUGUUCCUGAGGUUCUAAUGUGCUACCAUCUAGACGGAAUAGUGCAAAAGUACGAGCCGAUGAAAACCGAAGAGUUGCCUAAUAUGGAAAAUUCUAGAUUUUCACCGAAAGUUAUAAGAAACGUCGCCCAGAAUAUAUUAUCUUUUCUGAAAUCGAAUGCGACGAAAGCGGGUCACACUUACUGGCUGUUCAAGGGGCCACACGAUGACGUGGUCAAGUUGUACGAUUUGACGUCACUUUGUCCAGACGACAUGGACAACCCCUUCACGACGCCCGUGGCAAUGCUUCUCUAUCGAGUAGCCAGGAACAUGCGGCUCAUGAACAGGUCCAAGCACGUGAGACAGUUGCUGGAACACGUCGUGGAACUCUUACAAGAGGAACGGUAUCCGCAGAUCGUGGCCUCAUCUCACUACAUGUUGGCAGAUUUGUACGUCCCGGCAACUACUAAUCCAGCUUGUCCCAAUUUUAAAGAUGAAAGUUCAGACUCUGAGGAAGAGUCCGACUUCGGUGAUUAUGCGGAGUUCCCCCCCCACACAAAGUCGGACGGAGACGGUGGAUCUGAGCGAGACAAGGACAACAACGUCGAGAUCGUGAGCGAUGCCGCCGACAAGCGCACGGCGGGCGGCACGGCGCUGUCGCUGCCGCGGCGCAGCGAGGCCGCGGGGGCCGGCGCGCGGGGCCUCGCGCUGCGCGACAUCGGGCACCGGCGCUCGGCGCGACGCACGAACGAGAAAAUCAAAACAGACGACAAUAAAGGCUUGGGACUCGAACCAGCGACCCGCUGCGGACGGGCGCUGAAGCACGCUCUCAGAGGACUCAAGGCCUUGCAUCACCUCACUAUUGACAAAUCGAAGGAAGAAGAACGCGAGCGUCUCAGACAGCAAAUCAUAAUUGAAGAGCAACACCCUAAAAUGGCAAAUCCCUAUGAACCCAUUUCAAUGAACUACGAGCCGCUAAAACGCAACAAGGACGCGAAAGAGCACGUAUCGAGGAGCAGGAGACGCAAGAGAGAGAGGAAAAAUACGGACAAAUCUGGAAACUGUUUGAUAGAAUCUAAAUCUAAAAUAGACAAGAACGCCAUAUUAGUGAGAAAGGAGAAUAACACGUUACCGAAUUGGCACGAACCCAAUAGAGAUGACAAUUUCGCGUGGAAACUCCAUUUGAAGACUUUACUAUACGAAAAAAUAUGUCUUGCCUAUGCAACAUUGGCGGAAUACAGCUACUCACACGAACAGUUCGGUUUUUCACUUAAGUAUAUAGAUUUGGCCAGCAAAUGUCAAAAAUUGUUGAGCAAUAUGAUUAUAAAAAGUCGCGUCGUGGACGCUGGCUGUCUCAUUGGUAGAGUUGGUGACAAUUUCUUCCAGCUCAGCAAACAUUGGGCCAGUUUGGAGCAGUUCAAGAAGCAAUUUGAAACUGAUCACGAUAUUGAUGGUCAGAUAAAAAUAGAGAUUGAGAACGAUAUGGCGGAGGAGAUCGAUGGGGACGCAGGCGACGAGUUUGAAUUAGAGAUCGCGCUCCCGCUGAGCGAGACGGAGUCGAUGUUGUCGUCGUGUCGAUACUACGAGCGCGCCGAGCGGGCGGCGGCCGACGUCACGCACAAGCGGGACGAGCUGCUGCGCAGGCGCGCCUCCGUCUGCAACGAGCUGGCCGUGCGGUACAUGCACGACGCGCAGCAGAUCUACAUAAAAUACGUAGAAGAAGCAGACCAAAAUGAUCCCAAAGUGAAGCUACUCCAAGAGCAAUUCCUGACGUUCUCCCGUCGCUCGUCCGAGUGCCUCGAGGAGGCCACGACGAUAUUCGAGCAAGUCAAGGAUGUGCCUAACUUAGCCCUAUUGUAUUGCAACAAGGCGAGGUACAUGAGGUUUAAAGCUCAUUGCGACCAGGGAAGCUUUAACUCCGAGAAGCGCAGCCUGUACAGCCAGGCGGAGGACUUGUACUCGUCCGCGCUGAAGCUGCUCGGGCCGCGGGAGUCGUGCGGUGCAGUCUCCGUGUGGGACCUGGUCUCCUGGGAGCUGUCCUGCCACCUCUACACCCGGGCGGUGCUCAUGCAAGACUGCCCCAGUAUAUAUGCUAACGAGGUGACCGAGGUAGCGGAUGCGUUCAAACACGCUCUCAAGUAUUGCCCGCUAAGCCCCGGGCCGAGGCAGUACUUGUACCAGUUCCGAGCGGCCAUGAUCUACCACCGGCUGGGCUCGCUGUACCACUCGCAGUACAGGGCGACGGCGGCGGAGGGCGCGCGGCGGCGGGGGCUGCUGCACGCCACGUGCGCGCACUACGAGCGCGCGGCGCUGCAGUUCGCGGCGCUGGAGGACGGCGCCAUGUUCCUCACCGUGCGGCUGGAGCACGUGGCCGCGCUCGAGGCGCACGCCGCCGUAUCGCCGAAUCUCAAACUGAAGGCGCUCCAAAACGCCAUAGAGCUACUCAGGCAGUGUCACUCCAUAAUGAAGGUAUUGAAAGAUCGCGAUCCCGAUGAGCACAAGGAGGUUCCGAAGGCCGAGGUCGGUGACGAGAAAACGCUGAAGGACGAACACAGUCUCCUGUGCCUGUACGAGAAUCGAUUGAAUUUCAUAUUAAAAAGCGUCAUACAAUACUGCAGAUCGAAAUCGAAUAAGGAUUACGAAAAAAUGACGAUCAUGUAUAAGAAAUUGUACUGCGCGAGUUUAAAGAUAAAAAAGUCCGACAAUGUCAGAUUGUAUGCGGCCAGCAUCUGUGACGUGCUCACCGCUAUGGACGACAUUAGCAAGGAGUUCGAAUAGAUAUUACUGAUUACAGUUAUGUUUCAUCUUUAUCAAAUAACUUGUACUUGUAUCAAAGAUAUAGAACGUGAAAAAUCGGUCGAAUAUUUUGAGGAUUUUUGAGAAAAAUCGUAUUUACGCUUAGGACUAGCCAAUCGCUGACGAGACAUUUAAGAGCAGGCAAGUGUGUGCAACACUAUUGUUUCACGCACGCACACCAUGACACACUCGAAGACCGACGCACAAGCUACAUAGGUGCUGAUAUAAGUCAACGUUAGAGAAUUUUGGACAUAAAAAGUCAGUGAGAUCAAGACGUCUAGACCUGUAGCCUUAUCACUAAUCACCUAGUCACUAAGGCAAAUGUAUUUUAUAAAGUCGUUAAUUUUAUGUGAAACAUCCAUCCAGCCUCGACGAGACCGACUCUUGCUGUGCGUGCGUGACGCGUAUUAUACACACUUUGUUGCUAUAUAACUGUUACACAUUAAUAAGAAAAAAAUAUUUUAUUAAUGAUACUAUAUUUUUAUUUAUUUUACCAUUUUUUAUUGCUUUUCAUUUUAUUAUAAAUUUUUCAAAUAACAUAACAAUAGGUAUACGGAUCGCACGGAACAUUAUAAUGAAGCAAUAAAAACGAAUACGUAGUCAAAGUGAAUACAAAUUCCCGGCAAUGCGUAACGAGGCGUCUCUUUAAUACGUCAAAAGUGUUGUCACUCUAAUUAAUAAUUAUUGACGUAUUAAUAUAUUUUUUUUAAUGCUACACACACUACAUAUGCUGCUCUCUGCCUUUUACCUUUUUAUAAUCUGAGAUAAAUUAUUUUAAUACUUAUGAAUUUCCUCCUGUGGCGGUUACAUCGUUUAAUUGUCAAAAUCUCAUUAAAAAAAAAAACAAAACAGAACCAUAAAGCGUUAUCUUUCAAAUAUUUUACAAUUAAGCAAAUCUCUUUAUAAGUUGUGUAAAUAAUUUAAUUGUUUUGUAAAUAAAGUGUUUCGUUUUCAAAUGUUUA